AUGCGUCGACCGGCACCACCACCACCGGCUGACAACGUGGAGCUGGACUACGGCAGUGCCAACUCACCCGAAGACAGCGCCGCGCGGCUUGGCGAAAGCAACGAAGCGGUCUAUCAUCCGCCAUCGACAACAAGCGCAAAUGAAGUCGGAUCUUCUGCGGUACCCACUCCCUCAGCAGUCCAGCUCAAUUUGACGACUCAGAAUCGCAAACUACCUCCUCCCUACGAUGACGACGCUUUCGAUCAGUAUGCUUCGCAAUCCAGCGGUUCGCGAGCGCAGCAUCCCGCUUCGAACGGGCUUGAAAGCCUCGAAAGCGGAGAGGUAUCCGACAGUGGUUCAGCAAUCGCAGUGGCAGGGCCCUCGUCUCCAAGACAUCAGCAAGCAGCUGAGCACUUGAACCGCACAGUUGCAGUUUUGGCAUCUGCAGCAGAUCUCUGGGAAAGAAACCCACUUCCGCAGCCGCAGCCGCUGCCUCCACCCUUUUCUCCGCCAGCUCUUCCUCGGUUGGAAGAACAAUACCGCUCAGGCCCUUAUGCAUACCAUCCAAGCGUUCCAGAGUUCCGGCCCAAUCUGCAUCAACCUGCACCGCCUACUUUGCAGCCAGAAGCCUAUCCCUAUUAUCCCGUUUCCGCAGCACAAAGUUUCCAGCAUAAGGGCUAUCCACGCAUGGCCGGCUUCAGGUACGCAUAUCCAGACCACGACUUGCCUUAUGACCCGCGUGCACCCUACACCACCUAUACUGAGUACACGUACGGUGCUCCUCGGCAAUUUCCACAACCCUACUCGCCAUAUCCGCCAUCCGCACCAUACCCUGCAGCCUACCAUUCCGACCCGCAAGGUCCAUACGCAGGCAGCCACCACACUUCUCAGAUGGACCGCUACCAAAAGAAGCGGCUCGAGAAGCAAGAGAAGAAGCAGAAAAAGCGCGAGAACAAGCGAGAAGCCGCCGCUGCUGCUGCCUGGACUGCUGUCUCGCGUCCGUACCAAAGCCCGUUUUCUUCCGCGACCUUCGCUGACCCCGCGUUGGAUCCUGACUCGCUGUGGAUCGAGGACGGCAAAGCCCAAGCUGUGGCCAUGAUCAGCGAGCUGAAUGCGCGCGGCGUGGCGCCUCAACGUCUCGCGGAGAAAGGCGUGCCUCUCGCCAUGAUUGAAUCCUGCUGCGUCGAGCUGAACGUCACCGCGCAGGGCUCCACGACUCCCGCCCCACUAGUAGUGCAUAACGCAGCUUCCUCCACGGGUGGCGCCAAAGAGGAGAAACCUGUGGGGACGACACCGGCCGAGGACGAGCUGCUUCCGAAGGAAGAGCAAGGCAUCCCAUUGACACCGCUGGAAGAGCUUCGUAGGAAGGUACUGGCCUCUCGCAUGGCAAAGGCUGCCGCUGCAUCAGCCGGAGCAAGCGAUGCAGCAUCCUCUGCUGCGGACAACACGAGCGGCUCUGCGACGACACCGUCAUCCAACGUCUUUGACCGCACUGCUACUUCAGGCGAGGCAGAUGCACUCCUAUCUCAGAUCGGUGAAUCAAUACGAAGCCUCAUUCGAAUCCCUUCCCCGGAAGCUUUGGCAGCCGCAUCAUGGGAGACGCCAGUCGAAGCGGCAUCUCAAAACUCAGCAACAACCUCGCGCAAGCGAUCGUACCGCGAUGUCGAUGCAGUUGAUAACGAGGAUGCCAGUCUCACUGCUGACCUUGCCGGAGGUGAUAUUGCGGUAGCCCCCGCACCGAGCCGUCGACAGAGGAUCUCGUACGCUGACAAUUUCAAUCGCGCAGCAGAGACUCCUUCUGGCGAGGUUGACCUCGAUGCUCCUAUGCCGGACCUCCCUGACUUCUCAGAGACGAUCAUGAAGUCACCAAGUAUGGCUGACAUACCUGCACGCCGUCGCCGACCUGUCGCUGCCGACUUUGACACGGCAGAGUAUCGUCCGCAGUACGAACGGCCCAACCGCUUCCUUGACGUCCCUUCUGGUCUCAAUACUGUCAUCGACAUGUCCGAUGAUGAGGAGAUGGAGGAGGAAGAGUUGGGUGCUUUCGAGGCGGCAAGCGGUUGGACGGAAGCACAGCUGGAUCUCGACCCGCGCGAGGUUUUGUUGCUCCGUCAGAAGACAGCUUCGGAGCACUACGACAACUUUUGCGCGCUCAACAAAUUGCAGCCGAUGCGAAGAGCAGUCACCCCCCAGAAAGAUGGCGCAAAGUCAGCUGAGGCCGGCAUCGAUGCUUCUGCUAGCAGUACAAUGGCAGCAAGAGACCUGCUGGCUCAAGUCGCGGCGUCAGGCGCCAGCUCUGCCGGAUCUGCGACGCCUUCGCGCGAGGGAUUGCUGCGCAAGGAACUCGAGAUCAAGCAGCUCAUGCGCAAGAUUCAAAUGAUGGAAGACCGCAAGUCUAAGCAACAGCCUUCGCCGACGGUGUCGCCGAUGCCAGCACGCAUUCUGCAAACCUCUGCGGCGAACUCGCAAGCUCAGCAUACAAAUGGGAUAGUGGGUUCCGUCCCUGCACCAAUGCCCGUGUCUGCAGCAGCAGCAUCCAAGGCGCCAGCGACCAGUGGAGUUGGUGUCGCUCUGCCACAACCAGCUGAGCCACCCGAGCGAGGGCAGUCACAGGGCACUGCCCCCACCAAUUUGAGGUUGGAUCCUGCGUUACAGAAGCAACGCGAGAACCUCCUUGCGUUGCUUGCAAAUAAACGCAAGGCCGCCAGCACGGCCUCAAAUGGUCCAGGUCAGGUCAACGGUUCGACCGAGAAUGAGAACCGAGCUCCGAUCACCGUGGCCACAGCGCAGGAGGAGCAGAGCGACGUUGCUCAAGGAGAAUUUCGCUCUGAAGACUCAGAAGAUAUCGCGAUUGUGGAACGAAAGGAGACCGCUGGUGCCGAGUUUAUUCCAAAGCGUAGGUGGAACAAGAAGAACGAGACUCGUCAAGUCGUCCGCACUUACACCCCCCUUCCUGCCUUUCCCCUUCUGACCCAUCACCCCUCUCUAUAA